UCUUGCAGAGGCUGGUGUCGGCUGUGGGUUAUAACCGCAGGCAUGGCAAGGAAGACGGGGAUGGGUGGUGUCAUGCCUCGUCAUGAAGAGGAAGAUGAAGAAGGCGCAAAUCCGCCGGGCAUGAUUGAGCUUAAGAAGCUGCUGCGCUCAGGAGGCGCUCGAUACGAACACAUGGACGAGGUGUUUCCUGAUGUCUACAUUGGCAAUGAGAAUGCAGCUCACGACCUACGGCGCCUCGGCUCCAUGGGCUUUACGCACGUCCUGAAUGCGGCGCAUGGCUCUGGCUGCCCGGCCGUGGGGCCCGAGUAUUACGCACGUGUGGGUGAUGUCGCCUACCUGGGCCUGCCCGCCGAUGACUUCCCCAGCUACGAUAUGCGUCCUCACCUGGUGCCAGCAUCGGACUUCAUCCACGCAGCUCUACAAGCGCACGGUCGCGUGCUCGUCCACUGCGUGAUGGGCCGCAGCCGCUCGGCAUCCCUCGUCCUCGCCUACCUCAUGCUGCGCGUGGGCCUUCGCCUCCGCGCUGCCGUGCGUGCCCUGCUCGCCCACCGCUCCAUCUUCCCCAACGACGGCUUCCUCCGCCAGCUGAUCGACCUGGACCGGGAACUGCUGUGCCAACGUCGACAGCCUGACUCCGUGUCACAUGGGGAAGCGCUCGGGAUUUAGCUCGAGAUUGUGGUACAAGAGCAGUUUCCCAACGCAGAAAGUUCAGUGAGAACAAUCCGCCAGCACUAUUGAGAUCCUGCAUUCAAUCCCCAUGGUUCAGCGUAGGAUGAAUGAAUUCAGUUUAAUGGCACCGAUGCAAAACUGUCAAGAUCCUGGCUCGGAGCUGUCUUUCUCUCGUGGGGCUUCUAAUUGUAAUUUCAGACAUGAAUUCACCACUGCUGAUAUCCUGAGUUAAAGUCGUGGGGAUCAGCAUGAAUUUGUGGCUCAGGGGUGAAUUAAUUCAUAGGGCUAGCUGAAGAUCUGGGUAAUAGUCUGCGGUUGAGUGAUACAGGCCUGUGCGCAGUGCUCGGGGGAUGGUGGAUCGUGCAAGCCUCACAGACAAAUUCCACUGAAGCCGUGGGACUCCUCACCUGGAAUGCUGUUGAAUGGAUAUCGGUGAGGGGCCCACGGAUAGAAAAUAAGUGAAGGAAUUGCACUUUUAAUUUGUGGACUCGCUGUGAUUUUGUUCAUGUAAAUAUACAUUUGUUUGGUUUAAUUUCAACUGUAAAGCCUA